AAACUCAUCCCAAUAAACAAAAACAGAAAUAUUUUUUUUUUAAUUUUUUUAUUUAUGUGUGGCGCGUUCCGAUCCAAUCCAAGACAAGUGAAAGAGUGUUUGUGGCAUGGCCAGAAAUUUAUCAGUUCUGAUUUUGUGGCAGCCAAAGGGAAAAAUAAAAAAUAAAACAAAAAGCGGAAAGCGGCAAGGAUAACCAAGAAUCGGGAGUGGAGCCCAGCUCCGAUUGAGUGGGGGAGAGCAGCCGAAGGAGGAUAUCUGGUUACCAGGAAGAGUCAAUAACAGAGCCAUUCGAAUCCGCACCAUCAUCAUCGUUCCCUCAUCAGUGUCAUGCCCGAAAGGCCAUGGAUGGCGAUCAAGAGCUGCUAAUUGAAUUGCAGGAAAUGUCAACGGCAGUCACGAAAACCGUCGCCGCCGCCGCUGCGGCCGUUCUGGGGUCCAGCAUGGAAAAUAACUAUAACUAUUCCUACGAUAUAUCCGCAACGGACGUUCUCUAUCAGUGGAGUGCCAAUGCGGCGGCAGCCGCCACCGGUGGGGGUGCACGUAUCGCACAUACCAUGCCACCCUCAGUGGCGACUCUGCUCCCAGCGACGAAUCACGGGUCGAUGCAUCAGUUGCCGCUUCCCGGAAUCGGGAUCGGGCAACGUCUCGCACCCAAUGUGACCCAGUUCGGACUCCUCGACUACGGGAUGAGCAGCAUGAACGACAGUCUGGACUAUGCCUCCUACCAGCAGCAGAUGGGCGAGGACGGUGAGUGCCGGCAGUUGGACGCCAACGUGAGCUAUUGGAACCUCACCUGUGACUCGCCCCUGGACUAUGCCCUGCCACUGUACGGCUACUGUAUGCCCUUCCUGCUGAUUAUCACCAUCAUAUCGAACACCCUGAUCGUCCUCGUCCUCAGCAAGAAGAGCAUGGCCACACCGACAAACUUUGUGCUGAUGGGUAUGGCUAUAUGCGACAUGCUAACGGUUAUAUUCCCGGCACCAGGACUUUGGUAUAUGUACACAUUUGGCAAUCAUUAUAAGCCUCUGCAUCCGGUCUCCAUGUGUCUGGCCUACAGCAUCUUCAACGAGAUUAUGCCAGCCAUGUGCCACACCAUCUCCGUGUGGCUAACUCUAGCCCUGGCCGUACAAAGAUAUAUCUACGUGUGCCACGCCCCCAUGGCACGAACCUGGUGCACCAUGCCGAGGGUGAAGCGUUGCACUGUGUACAUCGCCCUGCUGGCGUUCCUACACCAGCUGCCACGCUUCUUCGACCGCACCUACAUGCCCCUGCAGAUCGAGUGGAAUGGAAAUGAGACGGAGGUGUGCCACCUGGAGACGUCCAUGUGGGUGCACGAGUAUAUCGGUAUGGAUCUUUAUUACACGAGCUACUACCUGUUCCGGGUGCUGUUCGUGCACCUGCUUCCGUGCAUUAUCCUGGUGACGCUCAACAUCCUGCUUUUCUCGGCUAUGCGGCAGGCCCAAGAGAGGCGGAAGCUGCUGUUCCGCGAGAACCGCAAGAAGGAGUGCAAGAAGCUGCGAGAGUCCAACUGCACCACCCUGAUGCUGAUCGUGGUGGUGACCGUGUUCCUCAUCGCCGAAAUACCCAUUGCCGUCGUCACGGCCAUGCACAUCGUGAGCUCGCUGAUCAUCGAGUUCCUGGACUACGGCAUUGCCAACAUCUUCAUAAUGUUGACCAACUUCUUCCUGGUGGUUAGCUACCCGAUCAACUUUGGUAUAUACUGCGGCAUGUCGCGACAGUUUCGCGAAACAUUCAAGGAGAUAUUCCUCGGCAGGAUCAUCGCCAAGAAGGACAGCUCCACAAAGUACUCGAUUGUCAACGGCCCCCGCACCUGCACCAACACCAACGAGACCGUCCUAUAGUAAUUGGUGAUGUUGGUGCCGCGUCGUGGCAGCAGCGAUCAGCAUCGCACCACCGCCGUACGCACCGCCCAUGCCAAAGACCGGUACAGUACGCAAUGUGGCGUGAGCGGGACGCCACAGCACCAACAUCUGCUCCAGCAUUACCAGCAGCGACGCGUAAGCAACAUGGACAUCAUAACCGAGGAGCGAAAUGUCUAAAAAUAUGUAAAUUAUGUAGCAAGCAAAGCCCUCGGUUUCAGGGAGAGAUCAUACUACAAAAUCAGUUAAAUAAACCCAAAUGGGUCCAAACUAUUAAAAAUUUCAAAAUCCAAAAACUUGAUGGAUCUUCAAGCCGAUUCAAGGGAAAAUUCUUUUUGCAUUCAAACCAAAACCCAAAUACAAUCAAAAUAUAUACAAAGCACAUACAUACAUAUGUAAAAAUAAUCGAAUGUUCAAUGUCUAUUGCAGUUGCAGUUAAAGUUCCGUUCCCCCAAUAGAGUCCCAAUAGAGUUUCUCGCCUUCAGAUCUGUAUGUGUAUUUGGUUUUUGUGUAUUGAUGUUAAUUUUGAUGUCAAUUUCGUAAUCUGCAUUGAUUGAUCAGGUUAAGGCAAUAUAUCGUUCUAUGCACGCAUUACAAGUGUUAACCACAACCCAGUGCACUGCAGUGUCUAGGUUUAAGGAUGGAGUACCUCUGAGAAUAUGGGAGAGACUUGAGUGGUGAUAUCUGCCCAGAGCAGGCGAGAGCUGAGGCGGAAACGUAAUAAUAGAUAAUACAAUAAACAUAAGAUCAAAUAAUUAGGCUAGAUUCAGAAUUAGCUACAGGAAACUCAAUCCCCAAGCCACGUCCCACAGAGAACCCCGCUAAUAUAAGAAAUCUGAAGAAAAUUAAAUAUUCAUUAACAAAUAGAAGUAAUUUAAGUGUCUGUCUGAAUAUUAAAGCAACGCUUAAGUAAACCUUUGGCGCAACUUUUGGAGCGACAUUUGUAAAGUAUUUUUGUUGUUCGGAUCAUCCUUAAGUGAAGGCUUAUCAUAAGGACAUGGACACGAGUGGCACUUGUUUAAAUCUGUAAGCCUUUGAGCCCCAGAGCUUAUCGAUUUAAAUGAACCAGAAACACAGCACUACAGAAUAGAAUACGCGGAGCAAAGAUGAGCCCCCGACUUUUAGCUCACAUCAGUCAUAGCGAAUUUCCAAUUGGACUACUCGUAUAUAAGUGUUUUUUUGCUAGUGCUAGGAACCAGAAUAAACCAUAACGUUUCAAUGUUGAUAUGUGUGUACAAGUAUUUUAAAAUUACAAUUACAAUUGCAGUUUCCAAUUUCAAUGUUUUAGACUUAUGACAAAACUAGAGGAUUUAAUAAAGAGCAAAGCAAAGCAAACCAACUAAAACUAAAAAAGAAACAAACACUAGGAGUACUCCGUAUAACUACAGAAAACAUAAAAUUCGCUAUAAUAUUGUCUUUGGUAUAACCAUUACUAAAAUUUUGUCUGUCUGAAUGGAAUGUUAACUACUUAUACAACAUACUACUUACAAAUUUAGCUUUGGAAAAAAGCUGCGUUCGGGUUUUAUUUCAUCUGAUUACUUGUACAGUGCUCGGACUCGUUUUUUCUGUAUUUACAUACAUACGUACAAAUGUUUGUAUAUACAUAACAUAUUUAUUUUGACGGUGCAUUCAAUAUUGAAUAAACAAACGGUUUAUAU